AUGAAUCCUUCCAAUAGUCGAAUCGCUUCCAAAAUUGCGGCCGUUGUGGUCAAGCCAGGUACUAGAUCCAUGUCAUCGACUGCCAAUGUCUGGAUUGACAAGAAUACAAGGGCCAUCUGUCAAGGAUUCACUGGAAAGCAGGGAACCUUCCACUCGACGCAAGCCAUUGAAUAUGGAACCAACAUGGUCGGUGGUGUCACUCCCGGAAAGGGUGGACAACUCCAUUUGGGUCUUCCAGUGUUUAACUCGGUCCAAGAGGCUGUCGAUGAGGUCAAGCCCGAUGCUACUAUGAUUUACGUCCCCCCACCCUUUUGUGCGGCCGCCAUUAUGGAUGCCAUCGAAGCCGAAAUUGGACUUGUAGUGGCCAUUACCGAAGGAAUUCCCCAACAGGACAUGGCACGCGUCAAGGCGGCCAUGAAAACCACCACAAAGACUCGUUUGAUCGGACCAAAUUGUCCAGGAAUCAUCAAGCCAGGUGAAUCCAAACUAGGAAUCAUGCCUGGUUAUAUUCACAUGCCUGGAAAGAUUGGUGUUGUCUCGAGAAGUGGAACUUUGACUUAUGAAGCUGUCCAUCAAACUACUACUGCUGGUUUGGGACAAUCGACUUGUGUAGGUAUUGGAGGAGAUCCCUUUUGCGGGACCAACUUUAUUGACGUUUUGGAACGAUUCACCAACGAUCCUCAAACCGAAGGUAUCAUUAUGAUUGGAGAGAUUGGCGGAUCAGCCGAGGAAGAAGCCGCCGAAUGGCUCAAGGAAUAUGGUGAUCCCAACAAGCCCGUGGUUGGGUUCAUUGCUGGAACCACUGCACCACCGGGACGUCGAAUGGGACAUGCCGGUGCCAUUGUGGCAGGAGGAAAAGGAGGAGCGGCAGAGAAGUUUGCCGCUUUGGAAAGUGCCGGAGUUCAUAUUUCCAGAUCUCCUGCCCAGCUUGGUGCCACCAUGUUAGAAGCCAUGGGAUUGCCACCCAUGAAGUAA